AUGGCGAAACCUAUGGACGUGGAGCAGCUCCCAAGCAGUCAUCACGUUGAGGGUGAUGUUGCUUCCAAGUCGGAGCUUCAAGUGAAUGUCCCCGAAGCACGGCAAUCUUUGAUUCGAAAGAAGUUUGAUGGCAGAGUUCUACCUAUUGUCUGUACACUCUACGUUUUGUCUUAUCUGGACAGAAGCAAUAUUGGUAAUGCAAAGACAGCUGGUCUCGAGAAAGACCUCCACUUGAGCAAUUAUCAAUGGUCCUGGGUCUUAUACUCCUUUUACAUUUGCUACAUUCUUUUCGAAUGGACUACAGUUCUUUGGAAAAUCUUCCCUGCACACAUCUACGUUGCUGUGCUGUGUAUCUGCUGGGGUGCAGCUGCCAUGUCUGCUGGUGCUGUCAACAAUCUUUCACAGCUUCUUGCCUGUAGAUGUCUUCUUGGCAUCUUUGAAUCUAUAUUUGGCGCUGGAGCACCUUACUUCCUCUCACUCUUCUAUCAGAGGAAAGAGCUCGGGUUCAGAGUCUCGUUGCUUCUAGGAAUGUCUCCUGUGGCAAAUUGCUUCGCCUCGGCCCUUGCAUACGGUAUCACGCAGAUCAAGGGUUCUCUCAAACCAUGGCGAUACCUGUUCAUCAUAGAGGGCGCACCCACGGUUCUGUUUGCCAUCGUGGUCUUUCUAUGUCUUCCUGAUUCUCCGGGAAGUGCAAAAUUCCUGGAUGAGACUGAGCAGACUGAGGCUGUGGAACGUCUGCAGACAAUUGAUCGGACGGCAAAAAACAAAUUGCAAUGGAAGCAAGUGACUAGUGGCCUGAAGGACUACAAGAACUAUGUCCACAUGACGAUCCAUUUCUGUUGCAACUUCUCCUUCUCCGGCCUAUCCAAUUUUCUGCCGACAAUUAUACAGACUAUGGGAUAUACUUCAGUCAACGCUCAAGGCCUAGCAGCACCCCCUUAUUUUGCUUCAUUUCUCUGUUGCAUCAUUGCUGCGAUAGUAUCCGACCGUUGGGGAAAUCGUGGCUUUGUGGUUACGUUCUUUGCUGUCCUAGGCACAAUUGGAUAUCUUAUACUGACGUGUGUCACGGAUGAAUCGAAGACUGGGGCACGGUAUACGGGAAUCUGGUUUGCAACAUGUGGAAUCUUCCCCGCGUUGUCGAUCAACAUCACCUGGCUAUUGAACAAUCAGGGAGGUGAUAGCAAAAAAGGUGCAGGAAUGGCCAUGCUCGCUAUUUUUGGACAGUGCUCGAGUCUGAUUAGCAGUUCGGUCUUUCCAAACAAGGACGCGCCGUUCUAUACGAAGGGAUGUGCUCUUGGCUGCGCAUUUACUGGCUUGAUCGCUAUCUUAGCCAUAGGACUGCAUGUCUCGUUGACUCUGGAAAACCGCAGACGGGAUCGAUUAUACGGAGAAGUCAGCGAGCAUCACCGCGUCGAUGUUACCGACGGUGGAGACCAGAACCCGGGCUUCCGUUACUUGACUUGA